CCGGAAGAACCGGCGCGCUGUGUUCAAUUUCUGCAGGCGGUGUGUUUUGUUCGGUUCAUAACUGUAUGGUCUGAUAACAAAGAGGCAUGGCCAUUAAUAUUAAAUCCUCUACGUUUUCCAUCACCCUUCCCAUGUCCUGCCAGAUAUGUCUGGGAAAGGUUCGACAACCGGUUAUCUGUCCGAACUGUCACGUGUUCUGCUCCAGCUGCAUGGAAACCUGGAUGCAGAGCGUGAGCCAGUGUCCCGCGUGCCGCGUCCCCAUCACCAAAGACAACCCCUGCAGAGAACUGAUAGCCGGCAGCGAUGGAGAGGAGAUCCAGAACAGAGAGACCAGCAGGAGACUGAGGAAGAUGAGAGGAGCGCUGCUUCUACGAGAAUAUGAGGAUGAGAUUGAUCGGCUGCUUCAGGAGAACGAGGAGUUGAAGAGCAGACUACAGAUUGUUGGGGAAGAGAUGCCUGCCCCCAGCCACCAGGAGGCUGCGUGCAGCACCCAGGACCCGAACCCGACUGCAGGCCCCUCAGAACAGAGGAGCUCUGAUCUCAGUGAGCUCCAACAGCUCGGCCACGAGUUGAAGCACGCUACCGACGUCUGCAGCAAGGCGAAGGAGGACAUGGAGAGGCAUAAGCAGACAAACAAGAUGCUGAGGUCUCAGAACUUGGACUUGGUGCAGGAGAACAUGAACCUCCGAGCAGAGGUGUCCAGCCGCUCUCCACAGAAGUUCAGCCGCUACACGGUUGCUGCUCUGGAAGCAACCAUUCAGCAGAACGAGUGGAAGAUGAAGCAGCUGAACAAGGCUCUUGAGCAGAGCGACAAGACCAUCGAAUGUCUGCAGGCCCGGCUCCGGGGCGACGAGGGCAGUCCUCCAAGCCUCUGGGGGGCACCAGGUAACCAGGCGGAGAAGCAAAAACUGGUCAUGAUGACAAGGAGUCUGAGCGACACAGAGAGGCAAUCCAUCUGCAGCAACCCUGAAGGUCAAACUCUGACCACUGAAGGUCAAAGCUCGAAUUUCCCGGCUUCUCCCGGGAGAUCCGAUGGCGAGAAGAUGAUGGGAUUCACGGCAGCCAAUUUUUAUGGAACACCUCCAAAGCUGCAGCCCUCCACCCCCUCGUCAGCGUUCUGCUCCUUGUCUCUGAAGAGUCCGACUAUCGUUGGCGGGAAAGCAGCAAUAAAGUCGGGGACCUCACUGAGGAAGCUCAGCUUUGAAGAUCCUCUUGAGAAGGUGAGAAGCACGGCCUCGCCAACGGAAAGCUGCUCUCCAAACCUUCCCAAACGCCUCGCUGCAAGUACUAAAGCCGAGAUCUCCAAGAGCCCUUUCUGGUGUGCAUGGCAGGGACCCAAACCUGAUGAUCCUCCCAGUGUUGGACCAAUCAGUGAGGACUCCCAGAUGGUUGGAGACGCCCCCUCUGCCGCUGCUCAGGUGAAGCCGGGCGGCUCCCACAGCUCCAGCGAGUCCUCCAUGGACGCUGCAUACCGCAGCAAGGUCUCCGAGUUGGACUGUAUGAUGUGGGACAGCGAUAGCUCCUGUAGCCAAGGAUCACGGUUCUCCCAGGGUGCCUCACCUGCUGCAGAUCUAGACACCACUCUCGUUUCAAAACCCAAACCAGAGGCUGCCUCUGCGGCAUCAAUCGACGCAAGCAAAUGUGAUCCAUCUUUCUGUGCACCAGACACUCUAGGCAAGGCCAGGUCUGUCGGGGAGAGGGCUGCUGGGGGAGGCGAUGCUGACCAGGAUGGCCCAAGACCAGCUACUAGUCUCGAGUCUGGUAGAGCAGAUAGUCUUUGGUCUGGUAAGGCGGGGGGAGCCCAGGGUGGAGACAGCACUCUUGGUUUUGGUAGAGCCAUUGGUCUGGGGUCUGAGAGGGUAGGCGUACUCCAGGGUAUUGCAGCUAGUCUAGGGUGUAGUUGGCCGGGUGGGGCCCCUGUUCCAAUCGUAGUCGAGGGCGAAGGGCUCUCUCAGACUGAUGAGCUGUCCUUUGACAUCCUCUUUGACCCAUCGUUGGAUGGUCCUGUAACUGGUUCUGAUGACCCAGCUAUCCUUCCACACAAUAGUCCAUCCCCUUCCUCUGCCUCUGGCUGGGACCGGCAGCUGUUCAUCGGUCAGUCGACGAAGAGGAAGUCCCACAGUCCCUUCAACACUAACAGCCCCACAAAACUUUCAAAGUUUGUGUGAAAGUUUUGAGUCGUUGCUGUUUUUGUUUCAUAAGAGCAUGGUUAGUUUGGUCAUGUUCCUGAUUAUGGUAUUCAGAUCGAUUUGGCUAACCGACAAGGAAUGUUCUUCUUGCUUUACUGACCAACUAUUAUUGAGUAACUACCGCGGCGCCCAAUGAGUGGACUCACUCUCCCGGUAUUAAAGAUCAGAUGUCCGGUACCCUAUUGGGGAUUCCUUGUUGGGACUUCCUCUCAUAUUUCUUCCAGUUCUGCACCAAUUACCACAGGCAUGAUAUCUUGAGCCAAUUCCUUCACUAAGGUGGAGUCCGACUCAAAGCUUCUGUGGACAUCACAGCCCCAUCACGAAGAGUUCACCACGCCAAAGUCACAGUGGCAUGGUAGAACUGCAACUCCAACCUCAAAAAGAGUAAUUCAGAUCUGCGGUCCAGAUGUAACUUGCCAGACCAAAAUUCUCCCUGAUCUCCUAAUCUGCUGUGGGUAGUAGAAAUCACUCCCAUUCUCAAACAAAGGAACUCUCAUGGUCUGACUGUAGGAUAGUCAUUUCUCACUUUCAUCUCAACCAGGUGACAUGCUUAUGGUUCUGGUGUACUUGGGCUGCUGGUUUAGUUGGUACCUUGUGCACAGUUUGAAUUCUCUGUUAAGAAAUGGAACGUUGUAUUGAUGUUCUGAUGUUCUGUUUUUUUGGCCUUUUGGCUAUUGUUAAUCGCCAAUGCUAACUUUUGAGUAUAUUUUGCGAGUGUUGUGAUUGUUGGCCCACAGUUGGGAGAUACUUCCUAGUGAGAGUGAGAGUUAACAAGAGUUACUGAUACAAACAUGAGCAGUGAGCUCAUUCUAAAUCGGAAGGUAUUUUGUAUGAUGAUAGUUGGAAAUAUGUUUGUUUCCACUGUUUUAGUCCUGGAAUAGUUUCAUAAUUAUGUCUUUUAAACGUUCAGAAUAUUUGAUGUGUUAGUUUAACAAAAUAACUUAACACUAUUUGUGCUCUGUAAUCAUUAUGAUAAAACUUGAGCCUGAAAUUGUUGCAUUAAAUACUUUUGACCCAAA